CUCUCGCAACCGUCAUCAUGAUGUACUCCGGCAUUCUCUCUUUGAUCUGCACGGUAUGGGUACUUCUUGUUCCGUGUGCUGCCCGUGUUAUCGUUAGAGACACAGAAGGUGAAGAUCUCUGGUUAUCUCUUGCAGCCGCAUGUGAACGUUGCGACAGUGGUGCCAAGAGCGCUAUGGUGCCAAUUGUCCACGACAAGGCCAUUCCAAAUGAAGUUCGAGUUGUUCUAUAUGCGGCGGAAACUCAAUCGACGUCAAUCGAUAUCGCCUUGCGGCAACUAAAUGACCAUGAGAAAACAUCGCCCGACCGAGCUCGUGCGAUAGAUCAUAGGGCAAACAAACCACGACAGAUAUUGGGUGGAAAUCUUCGGCAACCUACCAUUCAUGAAGGCGUAGCUUCUUGGCAACCGGCUAUUAAAAGCGAUGAAAGUCCUGUUGGAGGGUUUUUAUUUGAGGACGCCGUUCAUGACAAGAUCGUCGAUUCUUGACGCAGUGGUGAUUGAGCACGAGUCUCGCAUGCACUACACG